GCUUCAGUGCUGUCGGAGGUGGAGACAGUAAACUCCACACUGUACUGGCCAGAAGAGCCGUCAGUCAUUUCCCACCCAAUGCUCGCUCUGGAAGUCGGAGGUCAGCAGCUCAGCAGCAUGGCCGCGCUGUUAAGGAGGUCUCGGAGUCUUUUGGGAAAGUGGAAAGGCCAUGUCGUCUCGGUGCAGGUCUCCAGGUCCAUGGCCUCCAAGACCCAGGUGGGCUUCAUUGGCCUGGGAAAUAUGGGAAACCCAAUGGCCAAGAACCUCAUCAAGCACGGUUAUCCUGUGAUUGCCUCUGACGUUUUUCCCGAGUCUUGUAAAGAACUUCAGGAACUGGGUGCUCAGAUCCUGGACACCCCUGCAGAUGUGGCCGACAAGGCAGACCGCAUCAUCACAAUGCUGCCCUCCAGUCCCAAUGUUAUUGAUGUGUACACCGGCCCGAACGGCAUUCUGAAAAAAGUAAAGAAAGGCUCAUUACUGAUUGACUCCAGCACCAUUGAUCCUGCUGUGUCCAAGGAGAUGGCCAUUGCUGCAGAGAAAAUGGGGGCGGUGUUCAUGGAUGCCCCAGUAUCUGGAGGUGUGGGAGCUGCCACUUCUGGUAAGCUGACCUUCAUGGUGGGCGGAGCAGAGGAGGAGUUCACAGCAGCCAAAGAACUGUUGAGCUGCAUGGGUGCCAACGUGGUGUACUGCGGUCAGGUUGGAACAGGGCAGGCUGCCAAGAUCUGCAACAACAUGCUGUUGGCAAUAGGAAUGAUUGGGACUGCUGAGACCAUGAACUUGGGCAUCAGACUUGGGCUAGAUCCUAAGCUGCUGGCAAAGAUUCUAAACAUGAGUUCGGGCCGCUGCUGGUCUAGUGACACCUAUAAUCCAGUGCCAGGAGUGAUGGAGGGAGUGCCAUCUGCAAACAACUACCAGGGAGGGUUUGCAACCACACUAAUGACCAAGGAUCUGGGACUUGCACAGAACACAGCAACAAACACGAAGACUCCAGUGAUACUGGGUUCAGUGGCUCAUCAGUUAUAUCGCAUGAUGUGUGCACGUGGCUAUGCCAAUAAAGACUUCUCCUCCGUCUUCCAGUUCCUGCGAGAGGAGGAGGGCCAGUAGGGACGACACUUUCCAUCCCUGUACAUAGCCUUAUCCUACUCUGCCUGCCUCUCCAGGACUUGGCGAGCGUAAUGUUUGCACACUGUUUGUGCAGCAUUGAAAUGCUUGUUCUCUAAGACUCGUCUAAUGAGUGAGUGGAAAGUGUGAAUGUUUAAAAUUAAAGUUAAAAUCAAGUCUGUAACUUGUUUUGGAAUCAUGUUACCUGUUUCGGCCUGCCCUGUGCAAACCGCACUCCAAUAUUUGACUCUAGACACUCUGAAGCUAAGGCAGUGGUUUUCUUGUUUGUUUGAUUGUUUACGUUGUCUGUUCUGUAGAUUGACUUUAUGAGGAGUAUAAUCGUUGUUGCAACUGUUCUGAUGGUUUCUGUCGGAGGAACUGGCAGUGAGAACUGCAAUGAGAAAGUCACACUUUUUGAAUCCACUAAACACUCACUCACUGCACCUGAAAGUGAGCCACGGUACACCUUAACUUGUGUUUCAGUAAACCACACUGCUUAUCUUUU